AUGCAAGCAUCCCUGGAAGAGGACGAUGGCCUGGACAGGUUGCUGAGCGACAGGCUGUCAAGGUACGCGCUUGACUACCCUGAGGACUAUGAGGAGUACAAGAGGUGUCUUGUGGACAAGGAGUCAAAAUGGGUCUCACGGUCGAAAGCUGUGCCGUUCAGACUGGCUGAACAGCUGCCGUAUAGUACGGAAUCACAUACUGACCAGGCACGGUACUUAACACAUGUGAUUGUGCACUUGUACAUUGCGAUCAAAUCGCUGGACUUGGAAGGGUAUGUCUGUAUAUCCACGAAGGACUUGGCCGCCGUGAAGAACGACAUUGAUGAGCUGACCCUGGAUACGGAUUUCUUCAACGCAGACAUAUCCUUUGAUUUAGAUGAGGAGGAGGAUGGCGACGAAGAAGAUGAGGUGAAAUCAUCAGGUGUGGUUGGUAAGGUGUUGCCACGGUCAGCGGCGAUUGUGUCUGUGAAUCAUUGGACCAAUGAGCUGAGCAGUUGUCUAAAGAUGAAAUUUGAGCUACCAUUGACCCUGCGAGCUUCGCUGGCGAAAGUGUAUUACUACCUGUCACUAUCAAGAGGGCAAAGUAUCAAACUGUCGUCGUACUCCGGUAUGUUUAUGAUGUUGACUGAUUCGUUCGUUAGAGAUCUCUCUGAAUGCGGUGCCUUGGAAUUGGAUCAUAAGUGCAUGUUGGAGUUCUUCCAACAGUUUUAUCCAGAUCCAGAUCCAAAGUUUGAUAUCUACCAUCCAGGCUCAAACGAUGCAGAUAAGAAGACGUUCAGCUCUAUGCAAAAAUUGGCUGCAAGAGCUGCCAAUUUCUUCCCAAAGACCGCAAUGAAAGAAGUUUUCGAUUGGACAAUGCAGAGGUUCCAUCCAACAACGUGUCAUAUCUCAUUGCCAAUCUUGGCUGCUGCGUUCCCAGUGUACUUUGCUGAAGAUGAGUCUGCAAUGGAGUUUAUUAACACUAUCUUCCAUAUUUGGACAAACUUCACGUCUCAUAAAGUUCGUUCAGAACCAAGUUUGUUCCAGUUGUUGAGUAAAAUUUCAACAAAGGCGUACCUAUCGGUAUCAAAGAAUGAAUUGACAUAUCAUCAGUUACAUAGGUUUGGUAUCCUGACGGAUGUACAACUGGAGUUUGUCCUGAACAGAAUACAGAACAACUUGAGAUCUGAUUUCCGUGAUCAAUCAUAUUCACAAGUUGCAUCACUAUUGGUAUCAUCUAUCACGCCAAUGAAUUUCAAAGAGUUUUCUGUUAAACUUGAAACGCUGCUUAAUUCAUUACAGACAUUUGUUCAUCCUUCGAAUCCCGGUCCUUGGUCUGGACUCAUAGCCAAAUUUUGUCAACGGUUCAUCAAUGCAUACCAUAAGAGAUUAAAGCAAGAGGAAAAGGAAGAAUGUGAACUUGCAGAUGAAUUUAAACUGUCUGUUGAAAUGAAUGAAAAAAUUGCUAAUAUAUUUCAGGAUUUGGUUUUACUGGGUGCACAAGGUAAGAAGGAAAACGUCUCGGCUUAUUAUAUCUCUUCAAUUGGCUACCUGGUGGAUAUUCCAUAUCCAUCGAAGCAUACGUUCAUCGAUAAGAUAUUGUUGGACUUGUAUGAUUCUUUGACCGAUCAGUUUGUGAAUUCAACACAUAGAAUCAUCGUCUCGUUAAAACAAUUUACAGAGAUAUCAAGGUUCAUAGUGUACGAUCCAAUUUAUCGUGUGCAUAUUACUCAAAUAUUGUUGUUGCUUGUUAAUAAAAUAGGCACUAACGAUCUCAACUUGACAAACCAUGUCUUGAACUGCUUUGUUACACUCUCUUCUGUCAUUCCCUACAGAGAAAUUGUCACGGAUGACGAUUUUUUGUCCUUUGAGUCUACAAACCUUACGUUUCUUCAAGAACAUUUGGAAUUUCUCAAGAUGUAUCCAGGGGAAAAGUUUAAGACGGAGAAGAGCAUCAUCAACAAUGCAUUCAAGGCUUCCACCAUGGGAUUCAGAGAAUUGAUCAAGCUAUUUACAGAGAAAUUGUAUCUUUUAAUCGAUACAGACCUGUCGGAAAAGUUCAACUUCAAAAUCACACAAGUGGUGUUGAUAUUUACGGAAUCGCUUUCAGACGACUUGUUCCACUACAUGGCCGGUAUAGUUCAUGAGAAAUUGCUUGAAGGAGACUUCCGUCAUACUGUCAAUAACUCCCCAAUCAUUGCAAAUAUGUCAGCUGCUAUGAUUAGACGAGACCCUUCACUGGCACCAAAGGUCUUCAAAGAUAUCUAUGGCCUGAUUAAACUGGAACUUGAUAAUGGUGCAGGUUCGAAUAGAACCAGAGAUGAAGUUCCGGAAUCUGAUAAGAAAUUGGAGUUGUUCCUCAUAGUGAUUAGUGAGGUUAUAAGUGUCUCCAAUGAACACAUGUUGGAAUUCUCGGAUGCGGUUUUGGACCUGUUCUCCCUGUUGUAUGAAAAGGUGUCGAAUCCAUCAUUGGCUACCACUACGGCUUACGUUAUCCAUAAGACUCUUAAGAACUUGACCAACAUCAAGCUUAAAGAGAGCAGAAUUCUGAAACAUGAGCCAACUGUGGAACAGUAUGCAGAAUCAUGGGGUGCUAAUCAAUUUUCUGAUACUAGAUUUGAAGAGCAGAACCUGGAAUUCGAAUGGUAUGUACCAACUCAUAAGUCAAUACACUGCGCUAUUGACAUCUUUGAAACCGUCAUUAUGAAGUCGCUUGCAAGUAUAGAACAUAUUUGCUCUCAAGCAGGGGAACCAGAUUUGUUGGCGAUUGAUGAGUUGAUCAAAAACUUAUCAUAUGUUGGUACAGCCCUCUCUGGGUCGAGUAUCUUGUUCGAUCCUGACUUCAACAAUGCUGUUGAAGAUGAGAAAUGUGGAAGCACAUCCAUCGAAAAGAAAUUGAAGAUCCUACGCUCAUUGAGGGCCAAGAAGAGCGACACCAAUGAGAUCAAUAUCGAUAUAGAACAAAUCACCAAGGAGGAAGACCCAGAGAUCUUGCCUGAAAGCAAGGAGAUCAGUGAUACCGACGCACCUCCUCAAGAUCCAACUGAAAUUCAAAGUGAUGAACACAGUGCUAUCCAGACUGAUGAGGAAGGUGCAACUUCAAGAUUAUUAACUCCAUCUUAUGAGUUUGAAAAUGAUUUGACGGCUGUUAUGAAUACAUCGCUUGCAUUCAGAAGUGCCAACAUUUAUGGAUGUGACUAUUUCUUUGGUGAUAAAGCGGCCCAAAAGAAGGCUUCUUUUGGUUACAACCACGUUCAUUCGUUAAGACAUUUGAUUGCUCAGUGCUUGCACAAAGUUUUCCUAUAUCUUUCGUCUCACAAGAACGAGAACACCAAUUUGUUUUACGCUUAUACCUCUACUGUGAGAACAUAUUUCUCUGAUGUUGGGAAAGAGUUUUCUUAUGAUCUUGACGAUCAAAUUUUCAUUGACUACACGUUUUUGAAAAAGGUUCAAUCCAUGGGGAACUACGUCAAACCCUUCACCAGAACAUGCCUUGCAGCUCGAGCUGAGAAAUUCCACCGUCAAAGAGUCAUAUUACAUUCCACCAAUCGUUUCCCAUCAAAGAUUGAUAAGAUUUUGCUUAAUGAUUUGAUGCAGUUGGUAACCUCGUCGUUUGAAACCACCAGUGCUGCUGCUUAUCCUGUUGUGAUCCAAACCAUGAAGAAAAUAAUUGGUUCAUAUUCCAUGAUAUUGAAAUCUUUGUUGGAUCAGAUGGAUGAAUUUCUCCUGAAGGAUGACGAAAAACGUUUGGAGUCUGGACUGAAGAUGUUCCUUUAUGGUAAGUUUUCGUCAAAGAUCUCUGGUGAUUUCCAAAACGUUGAGAGGGUUGUUUCUUUAAUCAGCAAAUGCUCGAAUGUUGAACAUCAAAAUGUGAACAGCUUGGCGAAGAACUUGAUGGUUAUGUUUGCUGAGACUAUCAAAGUCCCGUCUGGUGUGGCACUAUUCAACGAAGCUGAGAUUGAUUCGUCUAUUAGACCACCAGAUAAGUGCAUUGACCUUGAGAUUAGUGCUGUCCGUUCUGCUAAGGACAAAAAACGACAUGAGUACAUUGUGAAGUUAGAAGAACUGCAAGUGCUUCUUCUUUCAUUGGUGAAGCAAAAUUGUCACUGGAAGCACAAGUUUGGUCUUAUCAACUAUCUGAUCAACCUUCAAGACUACUACGAAUUGCGCACCACUCCUGAUGUUUUGAAACAGUUGGUGCUGGACCCAAAUAGCUCUCAUCCAGCCCUUGUCAAACAUUGCAUUACAUGGUUCUCUAAAAUGGUUGACAAGGUCAUGAAUUUUGCAUCGUAUGAGUAUAGUCUUGAAAAGAGUUUCCAGCUGAACUACCUGAGACCUGGUAUGAUGAUCAUUGAUACGACCAAUAACUUCCAUGAGGAAUUCUCUCAAGAAAUGCAAAACUUCAAAAAUCCAAAGUUUUACGUCGACGGUCCAUUUUACCGAGGCUGGUUAUUCUGGGGGGAGAACCUCGUGGCUUUAUCACCUGAUAAGUCUUUUGACUAUAUCAAGUUAAGCGACGAUGAUCGUGAUACGCUGACUCAGUUCGGUGCUUUGGUGGAUAAGAAGUGGCUUGCUAGUAUUCUGAGAUCUGUUACCGUUGAUAACGAAAGUAAGGCUGUGUUCCAAGCAUCAGAUGUUUAUCUAAUCUCUGCUGUUGUACAAUUAAGUGAGCUUGGGUUCACCGUGGUUUCCUACCAGGACAUUCUGGAUUUGCUAGAUGAAAUCUACAAUAGAGAAGAUAAAGCAAGCAUUAUUCUUGCAGCAGAGAUUGUUUGCGGUUUGUUUGUUUCUACCAAUCAUACAACAGAAGCGAAUAUUGCUCUGAGAGACGACAAACUCGAUACUUUCUUGGACAAAGUCUUCUCUUCAGAUCUAACACCCGAAUAUUCAGGUAUCUGGAGUAUCAUUUCCUGGUGGUUGCCUUCUAAGUUGGACUUUCGAAGAAUGCCAGUUUUCCACAAGAAGAUGUUAUCUCUUUCAAAGAUUAUAGACCCAGAAUCUGAUCAUGCACUCACUCAAUCAUCUCGCUUAAAGCUAGCAAGAGUGUACUUUCAGCAUAUUGAUUGGCAACUUCAAAACAUCGAGCCAAUUGUUGAUUCUCUGAACUUUGAGCAUCCUUACAAAGUUGUUCGAACUCAAAUUGGUGGGUUGUUCUCUUCGCUUUCUCAUUCGUGCAUGUAUGAAUCAUAUGCAAACUGUGCUCAAUUCUUGGAUGCCCAAAAUACUCUCGAUCUUGGUGUUUCCAACUUCCGUUUGACAAACUUCUUUGAUAAACGGUUGAAAGCAUGGUUUGCUAAAGCUGAAGAUUCCAGAACAGCUGUUGAAGCAAUGACGGCUCAAGAUGCCAUGCACUCGGAAUAUUAUUACCUGUGCUCGAGUAUCUCUGGCUGGCUUGUCGGUGCCAAAAUGUCAUUCUUCUACAACGAGCUUGUCCCAUACAUUAAGGACUACAUCUUUCCUAUGCUGAUGAAGCUGGAUAGUUAUAGGGAUCUCUGUAAACUCGCUCAGAUCUCCCUUGAUGCAUUCUUUGUGGAAUUCGCAAACGGUCUUGAUUACAGACCUGAAGAUAUUCCUGGUGUUAUUAGUUUGGCAAACGAGCCGUACAGUUCUUUCCAUCAACUAUGCUACCAGUUGUCCUUCAUCGAGGGCUUGUUUUCCCGUGAGCUUAUUCUUUUAUCCUCAGAGCAAAAAUACGAAUUGAUAGCACGUGUUGAUACGCUGCUGUUCAAUAACUCCAUUGAAGUUAGGACAAAAGCUGCGACUGUGCUCACCGGUAUUAUACACAACUCCUUGAACUUGGCCAUUGUUGAUCAGUUCAUAGAGAAGUACAAGAAGCGUCUUCUCAAGAGGGUAAAAAGGGACAAUCUCUCUCCUGAGAAAAUGGUGAAGAUCCAUGGGGCUGUUAUUGGGUUGGGAGCUCUGAUCUCCGCAUUCCCUUACACAUCACCACCACCAAAGUGGAUGCCUGAUCAGAUUGUGUUAUUAGCCAGAGCAUCCUCCUAUCCAGGCAUCAUUGGAAAAUCUGCUAAGGACAUAUUAUCGCAAUUCAAAAAGCUAAGAGCCGACACAUGGCACAUCGAUCGUCAAUCGUUCACAGAGGACCAACUGGAAGACUUAGAAGGUGUCUUAUGGAGAAGCUACUUUGCCUAG